CCAUAUACUAACCAAGACAUCGAAACCUGAUAUUUUGUGCUAUAAAUAGGUCCUUCUCUCAAGCCUUCUCCCACAUUCAGUUUUCACUUGACAUUCUUUGUUCUUGUAAAAUCUGGGCAAAUCCAGUUGGUUCUUCUUCAAAGUGACUAGUGACUAACCCGAGCAAGAAAAAGUUCUACCGUUCUUCAUGGAAAGAGAACUCGUCUUUCUUCAACUGGCUCGUAAGAUGAAGCCGAUCAAGUGGUUAUAAGUUCCCGAGUUAAGUUAAUUUGGCAAUAUGAUAUGAGAUGCAACCAGAGUAGUUACAGUCCAUUCGUUUUUAGAAUUGACGUUCAUGACGACCCAUAUUUCAAAAUGACAGACUUGUUAAAUCGAAAUGGUCAAUAAGAGAGAGUGCUCAAGCGAUUUUAAGCUGUUUUUAUUUGUUAUCUGAUUCAUUUUGUGUCAUCUUCUGAUUUUGCCGAGAAGAAAAGAUUACCGCAUUGAAGAAGCCAUGACAAUCAAGCCAAUUGUACGAAUUGUGGACGGGAAACUGGUGGUUAAGGACCGGACCAUAUUGACAAACGUGCCGGACAAUGUGAUAGCCACCUCUGGAGCCUCGGCCGGGCCGGUGGAGGGCAUGUUCUUGGGGGCCGAGUUCGACCACGAUAACAGCUGCCACGUGGUGUCUCUUGGGACGCUGCUCGAGGUACGAUUCUUGGCUUGCUUCAGGUUCAAAUUGUGGUGGAUGGCCCAGAAAAUGGGGGACAAGGGCCGAGACGUUCCCCUGGAAACUCAGUUCUUGUUGAUGGAAACAAAAGAUGAAUCAAAUUUAGAGUCAGAUGUUAUUGGAAAUGAGGAUAACAACGUUGUUUACACAGUGUUUUUGCCUUUGGUUGAGGGACCAUUCAAAGCUUGUCUUCAGGGGAAUGUUCAUGAUGAGCUUGAAUUGUGUUUAGAGAGUGGGGAUAUCGACACUGUAGGGUCGACAUUCGCUCAUUCAGUUUACAUUAAUUCAGGUACUGAUCCAUACGUCAUGAUAUACGAUGCGAUGACAGCCAUCAAAUUGCAUCUCGGGACAUUUAGGCUUAGGCACGAGAAAAAGUUGCCCGGAUUUGUGGAUUAUUUCGGGUGGUGCACAUGGGAUGCUUUCUACCAAGAGGUGACUCAAGAGGGGGUUGAGGCUGGCCUCGAAAGUCUCACUGCAGGCGGGACCCCUCCAAAGUUCAUCAUCAUCGAUGAUGGCUGGCAAUCGGUCGCAGGCGAUUACGAAAACAAUGAACAACAACAACGACCCCUUCUAAGACUAACCGGAAUCAAAGAAAACUCGAAAUUCCAAAACAAAAACGACCCAACAGAGGGAAUCAAGAACUUAGUCAACAUUGCGAAACACAAGCACGGACUCAAAUAUGUCUACGUAUGGCACGCGAUAACCGGCUACUGGGGCGGCGUCCAUCCCGGCGUGAAAGAAAUGGAGGAAUACGGAUCAAAAAUGCAGUAUCCAAAGCUGUGCAAGGGAGUUCUAGAGAAUGAACCAGGGUGGAAAACUGAUGCAAUUGCAAUGCAAGGAUUGGGAUUAGUGAAUCCCAAAAAUGUGCAGAAAUUUUACAAUGAAUUGCAUAGUUAUUUAGCCUCUGCUGGGGUUGAUGGAGUAAAAGUAGAUGCACAAUGCAUACUGGAAACACUAGGGGCAGGACUUGGGGGUAGAGUUGAAUUAACAAAGCAAUAUCAUCAGGCACUUGAUACUUCUGUUGCUGGGAAUUUUCCUGAUAAUGGCUGCAUUUCUUGCAUGAGUCACAAUCUUGAAUCCCUUUAUUGCUCAAAACAAGCAGCUAUUGUGAGAGCGUCGGAUGAUUUCUACCCACGGGAUCCUGUUUCCCAUACAAUUCACAUUGCUGCAGUUGCAUACAACAGUGUGUUCCUUGGAGACAUAAUGCUAACUGAUUGGGACAUGUUCCAUUCACUCCACCCGGCAGCUGAGUACCAUGGAUCUGCAAGGGCAAUAAGCGGUGGACCUGUCUAUGUUAGUGAUGCACCUGGGAAACACAAUUUUGAUCUUCUGAAGAAGCUAGUUCUACCGGAUGGUUCAAUUCUUCGAGCUCGGUUACCUGGUCGACCUACCAAGGAUUGCCUGUUCUCUGAUCCUUCUCGUGACAGUGUUAGCCUGUUGAAGAUAUGGAACAUCAACAAGUAUACUGGAGUACUUGGAGUAUACAACUGCCAAGGUGCAGCAUGGAACUGUGUUGAGAGGAAGAACACAUUCCACCAAACUCAGUCUGAACCAAUAACAGGCAAUAUUAGAGGAAGUGAUGUACAUCUGAUUUCUGAAGUCGUCCUGGACUUCAGCUGGAAUGGUAUUGUGGCUAUAUACUCCUACCAGAGUCGUAACCUUGUCACUCUGCAAUACAAUGUUGCCAUACCGGUGUCACUCAAGGUCCUCGAGCACGAGAUCUUCACUAUUAGUCCAAUUAAAGAAUUGGUGCCCGGUUUCAGCUUUGCACCCUUGGGCCUCAUUGACAUGUUCAAUGCUGGUGGCGCAAUAGAAGAGCUCAAUUAUGAAGUCAAGGCUGGGACUCAAGUUUCUGGAGCCGGAGAGGAGAACUUGAGCACGAGGGCUGUGGCCAUCGUCUCCAUGGAUGUUAAAGGCUGUGGGCAAUUUGGAGCUUACUCUUCAACUAGGCCCAGAAAGUGCACAGUGGGAUCAUCACCGGUCAAGUCUGAAUAUGAUUCAGCGUGCGGGUUGUUGACCUUGAAUUUGCACGAUAUGCCUCCUGAAGAUCAGAAAGUUCACAUUGUUGAGAUUGAACUAUAAACAUGCUUUUUAGGCUGGUUAAAGGAUCAUAACUGGAAAUUAUGGAGCUAAUAAAGUGGACAUACCGGAGGUGGUGCAGUACUUUCCAUAUGCUGGUUAAAUCUCGUCCAUUCUAGAAAUAUCUAAUACCAUGUAUCAAUCAUGUACUACGCAUAGACAAGCCCCUCGGGCCGGAGAAAAAUUGAGUGUGCCUGUUAUCAUCUUCCUGGUGGGAAGAAACCAAUAAUAGUAGAAUGGCAAUUUAAAAAAGUUCCAUCAUUAUCAUGCCUGUUAAAUUAUGAGAUGUUUUUCAGUCAAUUUUCUUGAUACCAUUUGAGAGGGGUUACAUUGUUAUGAUCAUAAGCAACAAGAAUAAAUACACCCCCUGUAAUGCUAAUUUUUUAUCCUGAAACAUACCAUUGAACAGAUGCAGCACUACAAAGAAAAGGCAGUUUGUAACCAGUCUAAAUACAACCAAAAUUAAGCACAAUUUGGAAUUCCAAACCAACUGGGAGUAGGAAAAUUGCACGUAAUUUUAUAACAGUUAAGUAGGAAAAUCGCAAGUGAAAAUACAAAAAUCUUUUAACUCAUUUUGAUAUCCACAGAACAGUUCCUUGCACAAGAGAGUUGAAUUGCAACUUUCAUCAGUAAAUGAAGGGAUCUUCAUUGUUGAAACGAGCUGUUCAAUCAAGUGAAAAAUACUACGCUCGAAUCAUUGAGAUUUCUGUCAAAUUCUAGCCACCAUGGCAGAGGAAAACUUGCUCUGGAUUUUUCUUGAAGCCUUCUGCUAUAUAUUUCUCGUCUUCCGUCUGCUAAAAGGUCUCCAUUUUAUCCAUGCUUCAAACUUUUCAUCUCCCUCCUGGUGCUUGAAAUACAAAGUUUCUUCUUCAUCUUAUUCAAAUGGUUGAACAGAACUUCUAAUUCCUUGCAAAAUUUAUCAGUUUUCCACCUCUUCAAAGUUCUCAUUAGUCAUUACCUACCUGCCUAGAAAGUAUUCCAGUAUUACUUCACAUCAAAAAGUUCCAGCUGCAACUUUGCAAUUUCAAAGUGAUCACUCUCUUCGUGGUGUGGAGGUUC